ACUAUCUCCUCAGAUAUCAAAUGUUCUUAUCCAUGUGAGUCAUUUCCCAUUUUAAAAAGAAAGAAACUAUUUCAUAUGUUAAUUAGUUUCUUUACACAAAAAAGAAGAACAAAUCAUAUAGUAUACGAUGGUGAUUCCAGGAACUUGUGCUAAAUUAUCAAAAUCAUGGAACAACUUAGUGAUAGCCUUGAACGACAACAUUUCAAGUAGUAAGGUGGGAAAAUACUUCAAGUUAGAUGAGAGAAAGAGUUGUUUCACAAGAGAGUUAAGAGCUGGCACCACCACUUUCCUAGCCAUGGCUUACAUCAUCACCGUCAUCUCCACCGUCCUUAGCGACACCGGAGGCACGUGCCCCAAGAAGGAAAACAACACUUUCGACAACGGUUGCGUUCUACUCAUCAAAAGCGACUUGAUUGUAUCCAUUUCGUUGACUGCAAUGUUGGGUUGUUUUGGUAUGGGCCUUUUCGCCAACCUUCCAUUUGGGCUUGCCCCAGGAACAGGCCAAACCAUGUUUAUGGCCUAUAACUUGGUGGGCUUUCAUGGGUCGGGUCCCAUGACGUAUCCAUCCGCAUUAGGGUUAUGGAUGGUUGAAUCCUUAUGCUUCAUAGUGAUCUCAGCCUCGGGGCUCCGUGCUAAGAUGGGUAGACUCAUCCCGGUCUCUGUUCGGCUUGCUUGUGCAGUUGGGAUUGGAUUGUUCAUCGCUUUUGUUGGGCUUCAGUCCUCACAAGGUGUGGGCCUAAUUGGGCCUGACCCAAAUUCUAUAACAAAACUCCAAGCGCUUAAUAGCCCAACGUUGUGGUUAGGCAUAAUGGGGUUUUUAAUCAUGAGUUAUGGAAUGGCCUACGAUGUUAAAGGUAGUAUGAUAUAUGGGAUUCUUUUUGUGACAAUAAUCUCAUGGUUUAGGGGAACUCCCGUUACAUAUUUUCCAAAAUCUGACGUUGGAGAAGAAAGGUACAAGUAUUUUAAAAAAGUGUUGGAUUUCCAUGAGAUACGUAAAAUAGCCGGUAAAAUUAGUUUUACUGAUUUUACCAAAGGAAGAACGUGGGUUUCACUAUUUACUUUGUUAUACAUUGACAUUCUUGCAACAACGGGUGUAUUGUACACCUUAGCCGAAAUAGGCGGGUUUGUAAAUGAUAAAGGAUCAUUCGAGAACGAAUAUAUAGCCUAUAUGAUCGAUGCAUCGGUGACGGUGGUGGGGUCGUUUCUUGGGGUACCUCCGGUGGCGACAUAUGCUGAAUCGUCGACCGGUAUUAAGGAAGGUGGACGAACAGGAUUAACCGCGGUGAUUAUUGGUAUAUAUUUUUCUUUAGCAUUAUUUUUUGCACCACUAUUAACUAGUGUGCCUCCAUGGGCUAUUGGGCCUUCUUUGGUAAUGGUUGGAGUGAUAAUGAUGAAAUUGGCUAAAGAUAUAGAGUGGGGUAAUAUCAAAGAGGCAGUUCCUGCUUUUAUUACUAUCAUUUUGAUGCCAUUAACUAAUUCUAUACCUAAUGGUAUAAUUGGAGGCAUAGGGAUUUAUGUUGUUCUUCAUUUUUAUGAUUGGGUUGUUUGGCUGAUUAAAUUAGUCUUUGGGCCUAGAAAGAAGAAGGCUAUUGAAGAAAUGGAUGCAAAUGCAAUCCCUUAAAAAUUACUAAAAUUAGCAGAAGGUUUUGUUGCAAUAAACAAAGUGGUUUUAGACACUAUGUGUUCCCAUAAACAUUGUUGUAAUGUUUGUAGGUAAUGUAUUCUACCAAAAAAAAAAAGUUUGUACGUAAUAUAUCGAAUAAAUUCCAUUAUGUGUUCCAACUACAACGAUGCACUAGCAUUUUGCAAAAUAGUAUCAUCG